UUUUGUCACCCCCUUUUCAUUUAGCCUUAUUCUCCUCAACAUCACAUUUGUAUUAUUAUCUAGAGAGAGAGAGAGAAGGUGAAGGAAAUAAGCCAAAAUGGUAAGGGCUCCUUGCUGUGAGAGGAUGGGAUUAAAGAAGGGGCCAUGGACUGCAGAAGAAGAUCAAAUUUUGAUAUCUUUCAUUCAAAGAUAUGGACAUGAAAAUUGGAGGGCACUUCCUAGACAAGCUGGUUUAUUAAGGUGUGGAAAAAGUUGCAGACUAAGGUGGAUAAACUACUUAAGGCCAGACAUUAAACGAGGAAACUUUAGUAAGGAAGAAGAAGAAACCAUCAUUAAGCUGCAUCAAGUUCUUGGAAACAGAUGGUCUGCAAUUGCAUCAAGGCUACCUGGACGAACAGAUAAUGAAGUAAAGAAUUUUUGGCACACUCACUUGAAGAAAAGGUCAGAACACAAUUAUCUACUACCAUCUACUACAACUACAAAGAGAAGCUCUCAUGAUAUGAUGAUACCUAAAAGGACAACAAAUGUUUCACAAAAAAUCAAUCACCAUAUAAUUGCUUCAAAUUAUCAAGCUUCCCAAAAUAUUGUUACCUAUCAUCCAACUUGUGAUGUUGAAGAUCUUCAAGAGAAUAACUCAUCAAGUUAUUCUGAGAGUACUCAAUCAAACAAGGAGGAAAGCAUGCAAUCCAUUAAUGGUGAAAAUAUAGGUACUGAAUCUGCAAAUGGACAUGGGGACACUAGUUUCAGCAAUGAUAUGGUUUUUUGGUAUAAUAUCUUCAUGGGUGCAGGAACAAUAUCUGAGAGUUAGAGGUGAUCGAAUCCAUGUUCUAGAGUCAACAAGUUCAGAAUAAGUAUGAUCUUAUUAUAUGUAUACGUUUUAAAUUUUUUCGUAUAUGUAUACAAAGUCGAGACAAGAAACGUAACGUCAAUGACCACGGAAAUCGCUCUAGAUCCGCCUCUAACUUAUGAGAGUUGGAUUUCCACGAUAUGAUGUGUGUUUAUAGAUAGCAUCUAUAGUUCUUGUGCUUAUUGGAAUUUAUUGAGUCCAAUCAUACAGUAAGAAGCCCCCUUAUGAAGUAAACGAGUGAAAUAAAACAGCAUUCAAGGAGAUUUACAUAUUAGGGCUUUCUUGAUAAUGUUCCCUUGCUGUUGAAUCGUGCUUUUCAAUAAAAUGGAAUAGAUCUUGUCAAUUUUUCUACUUGCUAGAAAUUACUUGGUACUCUAGCAGUGUCUUAAGUAAAGUAGAAUUUUAUGAGUUUUUCAUUAAACUGAAAUUAUUCAUACUUGUGAUGAGAAAGGGUCACAACUUUUGUGCAAUACAAAAUACUUUGUUGAGUAUUGAGGUUUUAGGUCCAAGAAUUAGUAAGUUUCUUCUUCUUUUGAUUAAUUAAUUCAGAGGUUUUAGAGUUGUAAUCGAUUCUAUUUGCAUCUUAGUUUUGAUUUAAUUCCGUUCUA